AUGCCGCCGAAAGGGUCACGCGCUAAGACCGCCGUCGAAGUGCCGCCGUCUGAAACCACUUUGGGUGGGCCUGAUGCUGCAUCCAAGCAAACGACAACCGGCAAGUCAGACAUUGAGAAGAAUCUGCCAUCUGAAGCUGAAGUCAUUGCGGGUAGCUCGGGAUUAUCCAUUGAGGAUAAGCUGAAGGCGUUGGCUACGGUCGUACCUGAUGACACCUUCAUUGAGGACGACUCUGACGAAGAGCUGGAAAUUGAUCAUGAGAAAGGAUCGGCAUCGCAUCUUCGGUCCACGGCGAUACUGCUCUUCCCGGUCAUUCCGGAGGAGUGGCUCUGCACCCAGGCCAGCUGUGGGAAAGCGCACGGCAAAUCUUUCAUGACUGCUGCAGACCACAUCACUUCUGCAAGUCAUCUGCUGGGGUUAGAGAAGCUGGGUGCUGCCACUCGUCUCUCCCUCGAGAAGCUGAACCUGAACACCAUCCGCAAGGAACAAGGUUUAUCACUUCAUAACAUUUUGAUUCACCCGUCAGGCCGACUGAUCAAAGCGGACGUGCAGCUUGACGCCUUUCACAUCACCUUAGUAGCAGUGUAUUUCCCGGCGGACGUGACGGACAGGAAGUCCUUCAUCCGUCGGGUCCUGGGCCCAGUGGUUGACGGUGUACCGCCUGGCGCUCACCUGCUUGUCCUCGGGGAUCUGAAUCUGGUGGAGGAUCCGCUGCUGGACAGGACUUCCAGGAAGGGGACGACCAAGGAGAAUGAUGAGUUGUACCAGCGCUGCAGUGCCGUCCGUUUAUCGGAUGCCUUUCGCGUUCUGCAUCCCUUCAAGCGGGAGUUCACUUUCUACUCACACGCCUGCCAGACCAGCUCGCGCAUAGACCGCGCGCUCAUCUCGCAAUCUCUGCUAUUGCAUGUUGAGUUCGCCUCCCACAUCAUGCCUGCCGACCCAAUCUCGGAUCACAGCUUCGCGAUUAAGGUGGCCUUCAGGAUGAGCACGCAAGUGCAGACGGGACCGGGCCUCUGGAGGCUUCCUGCAUACAUGGUGGGGAGACCGGGUGUCAGAAAGGUGAUUGAGCGGGUGUCGAAUCAGAUGGAGGAAUCGGGUGGCAAUUACGAGUUGCUAAUCGCGAGACUGAACGCGGGGCUCAAGGCUUACGCCAGAGAGGAGAGUAAGAGGGUUCGCGCCACGUUGUCCUUUCUUCAUCAGGCGGUUGCUUAUCUGAAACAAGCGUGGCUGGGGGACCCGAGUUGCGUCCGGCUCAAGGACCUGCUGAGUGAAAGGGAGCUCCAACUGAGAAGCUAUCAGCAGUCGCGGCAGGAGAGACUGCACGUGAUGGCCGGUAUGAAGGAGGUGACGUUGGGGGAAGUCGCAUCACCUUUUUUAUCUGCGAAGAUUAAGGGCCGGAAGGCACGCACGCAAAUCACGGAGUUAAACGUGGGAGGCACAAUGGUUAGUGACAACAAAAGCAUUUUGGAUGCAGCCUCGCAGUACUACCGGCAGCUGUUUGGAGCAGACAGACAGACGGUCUUAUCUGAGUGGGAACCCUCGGCGGACAGAAGGAUGUCGUCAGCAGUGGCGGAGUCGCUGACAGCUGAGUGGUCGGAAGAGGAGGUUAAGCGCGCGUUUCAGUCGAUGACGAAAAAUAAGGCUCCUGGUCGGGACGGCUUGCCAAAGGAGCUCUUUGAAGCGCACUGGGACAUCUUGGGCAAACACUUCAUGUUGCUGGUGAAAAGCUUCUCGGACACGGCGUCCCUUCCAACCUCCACGAAAGACGCGGUGACCAUCCUGCUGCACAAGAAAGGGGGCAGAGAUCAGCUGGAGAACUACCGUCCAAUCACAUUGCUCAGUUUCACCUACAAAGUGAUAGCGCGUGUGGUAGCAGACAGGAUGAAGAAAGCGCUCUCGGAGGUCGUCUCACCGGAGCAGUUUGGCUUCUUACCCGGGAGGAGGUUGUCGGAUGCUGUGGGGCUGGUGGCGGAUAUUAUUGAAGCAGCCAAAAACAAGGACAAAGAUUGGUACCUCCUGCUCGUUGACUUCAGGAAGGCCUUCGACUCUGUGUCGCGGGGAUUCCUGUUUACGGUGCUGGAGAAGAUGGGUUUUCCUCCCCGAUUUGUCGGAUGGAUUCGGGGCCUGCAUGAGAACACACGGACAAGUCUGUUGGUUAAUGGUUGGAAUGGUGAAGCGGUCGAUGUGGUCUCGGGGGUGCGCCAGGGCUGCCCCCUUGCACCUUACCUGUUUUUGUGCGCGGUGGAGCCGCUAGCGCAAGAAGCGGUGAACCGGAGGAUAGGCGUUUCCGAGGGUGAUCAGCGGCUGGCGUACCUUGGGUACGUCGACGAUACAACUCUUAUCCUGGAGGGGGAGGUGCAGAUUGCAGAGGCAGAGAAGCUGUUAGAAGAGUUUGCAGGGGAGUCAGGUCUCGCCACUAACAAGGAGAAGUCAGUUGUCUUACCUCUGGGGUCGAAUCUGGGCAGGCAGCCCUGGAAGACCGAUGGUUUCAAAUGGGCGAAAGCCGAUGAGGCAGAAAGGCUGCUGGGGGUGUGGGUGACUCCUGCUGGAAGCUGCAAUCCUACAUGGGAGAAGGCUUUCGCACAGAUUAAGCGGAAAUUGUCGCAGUGGGAGGCGCAGCACCUUACAACUGGCGCGCGUGCUGCGGUGAUCAACUGCUACGUCUCACCGAUAAUCUUCUUUCAGGCUCAGGUGUACCCGCCGCCGAUGGAUAUCUGGGGGAGGAUACUGAAACUGACGCACAAUUUCAUGUCGGGAAACCGGGCCUCUACCGACAAGGAAUUCAUACUGUGGAGCAGAGAGCUGCUGUACAUGGCCAGGGAAGAGGGGGGCGUCGGUGUGAAGGACCCUGAAAUUGCACUUACCUGCUUAAUUGCCAGGAAGAUCGGGCUGCUGCUCACCGAGACAAACGCGCUGAAACGCGACAUCAUGCUCCAAGCUGCGGACCUGCCGCUGGGAACGGACACUUUCGUCGCCCACGUGAAGCUGCUCAAAUGCUGGCGCGGGAAAAGCGAGCGGUGGAAGCUUGCGUGCGCUAACUUCAUGCAGUCGCCGCUCGCCAGCACGUCGCUUGAAUUAUCACGGGAGGAAGCUGCGAAGGAACGGAUCGUUUUCAACCGCCAUAUCCUGAUGAAUGGCACGACUCCAGUGGGCAGCCAGAAAGCCGCAGGAAAAUUGUGGGAGGUGCGUCUGGGUAACCUGCUGGUCGCGGGUGAGGACGGGGGCUGGUGUGUGAAGGAUGUCAAAACCCUAGCGAGGGAGCUCGGUGGCUCGAAGCAGGCAAAGCUUGCUCUACGGGCGUGGGAGGCUGCACCGCAGAGCUGGAAACUGCUUCUCCUCUCAGCCGAGCAAUCCUGUGCACCCACCACCCAGCUCCGCACUCCGCUACAGCGCACAGCGGCUUUCAGUGGUGGGGGGAUACCAUCGCUGAAGGAGUUGAAGGGGAACUGGCAACAAUCGAAACAUCAAUCGGCCAAACGGGAGCUCUGGGCGGGCAGAUGGGCAGGAGCCAUUGCCUGGAAAAGGGUUGUGAAAAUUCGGGACUCGCCGGUGACGCCGAACCGACCGCGGGAUGUGCUGCUGAGAAUUCACAGUCUCAACCUUCAGGUGGGCGAACGGCUUUCCUUCCUGAGUGGAAAGCCGGUCUGCCCGCAUUGCGGGGAGUUUGAAACUCUGGAACAUUGCCUCUACACCUGUCCAAGGAUCCAGACGGUUGUGGGGGCAGUUCGGAAGGCUCUGCGCAUGCUGAAUCCGACGAGGCAUGUUGACAGCUUGGGUGACCUACUGUUUGGCAACACCGCUUCCACCUCAGCUUUUCCGGAAGCAUCUCUCUCGGCAAUCGCAAUACACCAGAUUUGGGCAGAACGGUGUGAUUGCGUGUUUCGAGGCAAGAGGUUUCGGGCCAGGCGGGUGCUGAGGAGGAUUGAAGCAGCUUUCAGGCUCCAUGUGCGGGUGUACACUCGGGCAACAGGGAUAAAGCUGAACAUGAAGGGUGACUUGAGGCAGGGCGGGAAGACAUACGCGCUGGCAGAACAGGAGGGCGCGUCAGGGACUCAGCAAUUCCCGAACGAUCCGCUAAAAGCCGUCCCGCUACCAGAAGAAGAGGUGGAGAGGCAGCAGUCGGGCGGUGUGGGGCAGAUCUGCACGGAGGGGUGGAAACGCGGCGUGCUGGCGCGACUGACGAGCAGCGUGUACGUUCGACAGAUGCUGGCGGACAACCAGACGCGCAUGGAGAACAUCACCGCCGGGAUCGACGCUGUGUGUGCGCGCGCGCGGGAGGUGGAGGACGGGCUGCUGGCCAGCAUUCGAAACGGCAGCGGUGCUGCCACGUCAGCGUGCGGUGACUGGCCUGAGGCGUGCUGGCCCGUGCCGCACAUGCCCUUCGCCACGCUCUCUGACUUCCCGCGGCGGCGGUACCUGGUGUUCGCCAUGUCGGAGGAGCAGCUGAGCAACGCGCGCACGCACAUCAUCGAGGCGGCGCGCCUCGCUCAGAUGUCCAACCGCAUCCUCGUGCUUCCCAAGGCCAGUCGGAGCCACCUGUCGCUGGGCCGCUCCCUACCCCUCUGUGCCUACUGGGACCUCACCAAGCUGGCCGCCACAUCCGAGUGGGUGGCGCCGCAGCUCUUCCUGCUGCUCGCUCGCGCUGCCCUGCCCAACCCGUCUGUGGGCUUCAUGUGGGUGCAGUCGCCCUACCUCCAACGCACUGCCUUCCACUAUGAGCUGGCGUCGGAGUUCCUGGGGCAGCUGCUGCCAUUCGCCAUGGGGCACGUGCCUCUGGAGGCCAACACGCUGGACGUCAAGAUGCCUGCCCGGGACGACACCAUGGCUCUCACGCUCAAGGCGUGGAGCAACAGGGAUGUGGUGGUGUGGUUCAAGACGACGUGGGAGCGAGUGAAGUUCCACCCGCACACGGACGACAUUGCGCUGCCCAUGCUGCCGUACCAAAAGAGCCUGCAUGCCACGGCUGAGCGGCUGCUAGCACGUCUGCCUCGCCCGCUCAUUGCUGUUCACUUCCGCUCCGAGUUCAUCGCUUUCAGAGUGCAAGAGGACAUGGUGAGUCAGGGCGGCAAGGCGAACGCAAGCAUGGUGCAGCAGCGGCUGGACUGGUGUGUGGGCGAGGCUGAGCGCCUCAUCACCUCCGUCCGGGACUCGCUCUCUCACUCCUCCACCGGUGGCAACAGCACCAACCCCCCCAGUAGCAGCAGCAGCGGUGGCAACAGCAGCACGGGCAGUGGCAGUGGUCCAUCGGUGUUCAUCGCAGCCGACGUGCCGUUCAACGAGUCUGCCGCCCCGGCGCGGUCCGACUCGUGGACGGAGAUGGUUCAGUGGUACGACGGGGACAGCCGCGUGCUCAAAUCGUCGUCCGCUGCGCUGCACCGCCUGAGAAGAAACGUGCACGGGACUGUUAUGAUCGAUGAGAUCAUGCCGGAGGUCAACGAGUUCGACCCAGGCGUGGUGGCCAUUCUAGACAAGCUGGUGUGUGCGCAUGCAAACGUGUUCCUGGCGGGGUCAUGGGCCUGUGGGGGCGGCAGGGGGUAUGAAUCGGACAUUAUGAAACACCGCCGGCUGGCCGGUUACUCUGAUGACACACUGAAGCGAUGGGCGGAAGAGCAGUGA